ACUAAUUGGUCGCUAUAAGCUAGGUGAUUGCGCCCCUAAACCAACGUACUGACUACGCUACCUCCCCGGAACUCAAACUUUAACCGGGCAUGACUUGGGACAUCCAGUGGCGCAGCAGAAGUAGCAACAACUCGCAAAACGGGAUCCUUGUCUAACUGGUGAAUGGACCACUAAGUUGGUCACCAUCAAAUUAGACCUACAAAUAUCUUGUUUGGACAGUUUAUUUUGAAUGCUCUAGCAAAGAUGAAAAGGAAGGCAGAUAGUCAAGAAAAGGAGGAGGUUUCGGGCCAAGAUUGGAAAAAAUGGAAAUCAGAAAAAAAAGCCGAUUAUCAAAAAUGGAAGGAACAGAAACUGAUCAAGAAAAUUGAAAAAGAAAGAGAAAAGCAUGCCAAGAUUGCUGCAGAUAAAGUGGCAGAUGAGAAGAGUAAACAUAAGGGAAGGAGUUACACUGUCAGCAUUGCUCUACCCGGCUCCAUCUUAGAUAACGCCCAGUCACCAGAGCUGAGGACAUAUCUGGCAGGACAGAUUGCUAGAGCUGCUGUUGUAUUCAACGUCGAUGAGAUAGUUGUGUUUGAUGAAUCAGGAACAUUAGCCAAGGGCACAGAUGGAAACAUUGAAGUAACAGACAGAAGGGGACAAUGCAAUAUCCAGCUGGCAAGGAUCCUGCAAUAUUUAGAAUGUCCUCAAUAUCUGAGAAAAUCCUUCUUUCCACAGCAUACUGAUCUGAAAUAUGCAGGCAUAUUGAAUCCUCUCGAUUCACCUCACCACAUGAGAGCAGAUAUGGCAUCUCCUUACAGAGAGGGGGUAGUCCUCAAUAAGCCAGUCAAGGAGGGGAAGGGAUCAUUUGUGAAUGUCGGCCUACUGAAAGAGAUUCGGAUAGACAAGCAUUUACAGCACGGGCUUCGGGUGACGGUAAAACUAGACUACCCAGAAAAAUUAGAAGGUGCAAAAUUAAAAGGUAAAGUUGUUGCACCCUCAGUGCCGCGGACUGACGGUGGACUAUACUGGGGUUACACAGUGCGGAUAGCCAACACUUUAGGGGCGGUAUUUGCAGAGUCACCACACAAACAGGGAUACGACAUGGUCAUCGGAACGUCCGAUAAAGGGGAGAGUAUAGAUAGUUUCAAGCUGCCAAAGUUUAGUCACCUAUUAAUUGUAUUUGGAGGUCUGAAGGGCUUGGAGGCGAGUCUUGAAGCUGACCAGACCUUACAGGUGGAUGAUCCUGGCCUCUUGUUUCAACAUUACCUAAAUACGUGUCCCAGCCAGGGUAGUCGCACAAUCAGAACGGAGGAAGCUAUUCUCAUCACCAUGGCAACCCUUCGACCGCAGAUACACAAUGCGCACCAACUUUCAAAAAAAUCUUAGUAUUACAAGAGAUCGUCUGGUAGGUGGAGCAUGUGAAUUGACCAAUUCGCCCAAUUCGCACUCAGCGCUGCCAACUGUUCUGGAUUUUAUGGAAUUAGUUUGAUAAUGUGGAUGUUGACAUCAAAGUUUUCUAAAUUGUCCUCGUUAAUGAUGAGUCUGGUUUAUUAACGACGUCAGUUUUGAGCUCUGGAGAACUUUUUGAUAUUAAAGGAUGAAUGGAGUUCUUUAAAGGAGGAGUAGUGUGAUUUACUGUCAGCUAUUUCUAGUGAGUUAGAGUUCUUGUGUUGAGGAAAACAGGAGUACACCUCGGCUGAGAGUAUUCUGAAAGUUAGUUGUUUAACUUUCGAGUACAUUUUCUGAUUAACCUCAGAACAUCCCUCUUUACAAGAACUCAGAAUUACUCUUCAAAUGGCUGUCAGUAAUUUGGCAUACAACUCCUCCUUUAAGAAUCAUCAAAGUUUUUAUAGAUCCUGAAAAUUACGAAAAGUCGAGUAUUUUGAAACUUGCAUGGAAGAUUUUGGUGGAACAAUUGAAGGGCUGGCGGUCACCUUUGCACAAGUUUUGCCAAUUGCAUGUGGCCAAUAUUACUGUCAUUUGAGUAUCUAUUGUGGACAAGAUGUAACUAUAACACCUGUGAAAAUAUAGGGGAUUAUAGUGAUCAAAUUGUACUGAAUCAGAGGCAGACGUAAUGCUUGUAUUUUGUCCACACAAUUGAGUUUCUGAAGUAUGACAGCAGUAUUGGCCUACAACUGUUCGUUUUGUUUUGUUUCUGGCUUGCUUGCGAUGGACUGGCAACCCAUCCAGAGGAGUGAACUCCUUGCUUGAUUUUGCUGGACAAAAGAACUGAUGAUGUACUUACUCAACUGACCAGAGAGGUCGAAAAGGUUUUAAGUUGAUCACAGUACAGCUAAACAACGGCUUGUUUAUAGUCGUACUUCCACCUAUCAAAUCCCCGUGUCUUUUGUGCUUACACCUAUGAAUUGCCGUGUCUAAAUAGACCUGUGUGUCAAAUCCCCGUGUCUAUUAGCCCCAUCGAACUCGAUGGGGCUAAUCGGGGGCUAAUUUAGACCCGUGUUCAACACGGGUUUUUCGAUAGGUGGAAUCUGAAUAGACACGGCAAUUGCAAGUUCUAAGAUCCGGCGACAGAUGGCGCGGUGUAGUUGCCUCGGUAUGACGCCCCCUCCAACGGGAAAGAAACACAGGAGAGCUCCCUACCUACAGCGCACCUGUCGCUGGGGCUAUUAACCAUUAUCUAACACCACUGAUAGGUGUAAGUGCGUCCCGGGUUUUUUGACAAACGGCGAAGACACGGGUCUUGAAAAAACACGGGGUUUUAUGAUAGGUGGAACUACGACUUAUGUUGUCUGUGUAUUCAGCAUACUUUAUGCUGAGUACAUGAAGUCUCUGUAUGAGCACUCAUUCUGUAUCAACCAAUGCAGGCUGCCGUCACUGAAGUCCUACUCCACGAGUCAUUGAGUAAUGAACGGCACACAAUGCUACCAGAAUCUUAACAAUUGAUCAGCACCAACAUUAACUGAUAUACACAACCUAAAAAACAACACGCAUGUCACUCUUAUGCCCAGGUUUUCGAUGUGUUUUUGGUAAGUUUUGUUAGGGCUGAUCAAUCACUUAUUGAUCGAUUGAUUUUGGUUUUGACACACACCUGUGACUGCUUGAUGGACUAGAAACCUAUGUUGGCGGAGAGAAUAUCUUUCAAUCUGCUUGGAGAAUGUAUUUGGAGCAGAAUGGAAAUUGAUUUCUCCAUCAAAUGAUAGAUGGCACUGCAGACUAUUUCUCGCCAUCAUUACAUUAUCUUAACGGCCGUGAACUAAAACCAAAGGCAAAAAAACCAACACUUAUCACUGAUUCAUCUGUGAUUUCAUCAACAUUAUUUGUGAAAAAGAGACAGGAAAAUUUGUUUCACGACAUAAGCUUUGAGAUAACUCCUCAGAUCACGAUAGUUCAAAACAUCUGGUUUAAUGGUUUUACCGUCAAUUUUUGGCAGUUAUGGCCAGAUGUGUGAGGAACGGAAAAGAAGAGUACUGCCACAUGGGGGGCAUUUGAACAGUGGGGUAUCAUUGAACCCCCCC